UUUGGAUUUGUUCUUGGAAAAAGCGAGCCAGCCUGAACACAAAAUAAGGGGGGGGUGGGUUGAAAACUUAUGGGAAACCCUUUUUUUUUCUAGGACUGCUGACGCGUCCAGCAGCUACUUGCUGUGCUGAAGCACCGCGGAUCAAAACCCUCACAGCUUCCAUCAUGUUACUUCACUUUCUAGUUUUCGGGGCCUUGGUUUUCCAGGCUGAAUGUUACUUUUCGGAGGAAAAAUAUCCGGAGGAGUCGAAAAUGCAGCCUCCUACGGUGGUUGUCGCUAUCAUAGCCAGAAACACCGCUCACUCCCUGCCGUACUACCUCGGAGCUCUGGAGAGGCUCAAAUUCCCCAAAGAUCGCAUCUCUGUGUGGGCAGCCACGGAUCACAACACCGAUAACACCACAGCCAUACUGAAAGAGUGGCUUACAGUCAUGCAGAAGUUUUACCAUUAUGUUGAGUGGAGACCAAUGGACCAGCCCACGUCCUAUGCAGGAGAGCUGGGUCCCAAGCACUGGCCCAACAGCAGAUAUGAGUAUGUAAUGAAGCUGAAGCAGGCAGCACUCAACUUCGCCAGGAAACGCUGGGCUGAUUACAUCCUGUAUGCUGACACAGACAAUAUCCUCACCAACCCAGACACCCUCAACCUACUGAUAGCAGAGAACAAGUCAGUCAUCGCUCCCAUGCUAGAUUCUCAGGGAGCGUAUUCCAACUACUGGUGCGGUAUCACUCCGCAGGGAUAUUACCGUCGAACAGCAGAGUAUUUCCCCACCCGUCACCGCCACAGACUGGGCUGCUUCCCUGUGCCCAUGGUCCAUUCCACCAUGUUGCUGGAUUUAAGGAAGGAAGGCAUGAAGAAACUGGCCUUCUUCCCUCCUCAUAAGGACUACUCGUGGCCAUACGACGACAUCAUCGUGUUCGCCUUCUCCUGCCGGGCUGCAGAGAUACAGAUGUACCUGUGUAACAAGGAGCGCUAUGGCUACCUGAAUGUCCCGGCCAAACCUCACCACACCUUGGAAGACGAUCAGCUCAACUUUGUCCAUGUCCAUCUUGAGUCCAUGAUUGAUGGUCCUCCCAUGCACCACUCACGCUACGUCCAUAUGUUCCCCAAACAGAGAGACCUCAUGGGCUUUGAUGAGAUAUAUCUGAUUAAUCUGCGGCGGCGUUCUGACCGUAGAGACCGGAUGCUGUUCUCUCUGAAUGAGCUAGAGGUUGAUGUCAAGGUGGUGGACGCUGUGGAUGGAAAUGCAUUGAACAGCAGUGACAUUAAGAUCCUGGGUGUCGACCUGCUGCCAGGCUACUAUGACCCGUUCUCUGGACGCACUCUAACCAAAGGAGAGGUGGGCUGCUUCCUCAGCCACUACUUCAUCUGGAAAGAGAUAGUGGACAUGCAGAUGGAUAAGGCGCUGGUAUUUGAAGACGACGUUCGUUUCCAGGCCAACUUCAAACGACGAGUCCUCAGACUGAUGGAGGAGGUGGAGCAGGUGGAGCUAGACUGGGACAUCAUAUACUUUGGCAGGAAGCAGGUGAAUCCUGGAAAGGAGGAGGCGGUGGAGAAUGUUCGCAACUUGGUAAUGGCUGACUACUCGUACUGGACUUUGUCCUAUGCCAUCUCCCAGCAGGGAGCCCAAAAACUGCUCAAUGCUGAGCCACUGUCCAAGAUGCUGCCUGUUGAUGAAUUCCUUCCCAUCAUGUAUGACAAGCAUCCCAAUGAGGACUACAAGUCCCAUUUCCCCAACAGAAACUUACAAGCCUACAGUACACGCCCUCUUCUGGUCCAGCCAUGUCACUACGCUGGUGAUCCCCAGUGGGUGAGCGACACGGAGACGUCGACUCUGUGGGACGAUGACUCUGUACGCACCGAUUGGAGGGGUUCCCACAAGACCCUGAAAGGGGCUGCGGCUCCACCCAACAUGCUGUCAGCUGCCUACAGGGAUGAACUUUAGUGCGGAGCUAUGGAGAACCUGCAGACCAAAAGGCCAUGAGGUCAGAGAGACAGACGCUGAGAAGCGUCCACUCUGUGUCAUGCCAUUGACAUGCUCAGUGUCAUUUAAACUGGACUUUGUAUUUUUUUUCAGAGCAUGUUAGCAAGUGUAUGGUACAAGAUGAUUUUUUGGGGGGGAAACAAUAUAAAGGACAGCAUUAACAGAGGCUGUUUGAAAAGUAAAAUAAUGGGUGUUUUCUAACUUGUACAGAUGUAUUAUUAGCAAUUCAAAUACUUGAACUUCCACAACAAGAUUUUUCUAAAGAACAACCCAUCCUUUAGAUUUUUUUUUUUUAAACUUUAUUCAGACAUUUUUGAUAUUAUGGGAGUUAUGGUUACAGUUUGGGUGGCUGAUGUCAAGAGCAUUGUUGUUUGAAUGUAUGCUUGUGAUGGUGUGUGUGAUAACGGCAUGUUUAUAAUGCUAUUUACACAGCUUUUAAAAAGGAUACCAGAGAGGCGGCUUUACAAGAACUUUAAUGUGUUAAUCUGUUGAGAGCCGACUGUGGCCCCAGUAGCUGAAUUGUUCACAACUCCUGGCAAGUCAGGAAAACAGUGGAUAUUAACACAAAGCAAGACUGCCCCAAAUUAUUAUUCAACAAUAGUUUUAAAGCUGAUGUACCUCAUGGUUUCUAGUGACGGUACAAGACUUUCAGUGGUACCAGAUUGUAUUCAGGAAGUCUUUUAUUAGUGAAACUAACACAUUGAAUGUUUGCAUUUAAAUAAUUUAAGCUUCUUUGACUCAUUACACUACAUUCUACUUCUACACUAUGGCUGUGUUUUAAUAAUUUUACAUUUCACGCCAUAGAAAUUUGAUUUAGAUUUUGUGUAAUAUUUAUUUAGCACUCCCAAACUUCCACUAAGUCAUCUCUUCCACAGGGUAUUCCGUUUUAUUUUCAGAAGUAUUAAACUGUGUUUAAAGAGAAAAAUACAUAAUAUAAUUUAUUAUUCCUAUAAUAAAACAAACAAAUUAUUUAUACUCCAACUAAGACGUAUCUGACGUUAAAGUAUUGUAAAAAGCAGUUGACAUAAUCAAAACCUCACAAAAUGUUUACAUCAUCUCGAAUGAAUCAUCAGUAAUCAGAAUUUAAGUACAAAUGCUUGGCACUAUGUUACUGCAUAAUCACAUGACAAGUCAGUGGACACAUUUGAUGUUUUAUCAUAUAUGGUAACUAUUUUAGACAUAAUCCUGAACAAGUAAUUUUGGGAGAGCUCAAAUAUCAACAAAAUCAGUGUGGCAUGAUGAGACGUGAACACUUGUUUGCAGUGAAAGUCUCAGGCGGUAACUGUGGUCUAUCUGGUGUUAAGUGUUCGUCCAGUUUUGCAGAAUGCUGCUACCUUUUUGGAGGACAACCAGCUACUGUCCCAUGCUACAUCCUAUGUUAAAAAUUUCUCCACACACAGCCAUAUUAAAACACAGCCUUAAAUAACCUUUUUUUGUAGCAUCACUGGGAAUGUGUUGACACUUUGUCUGUACAGGGUUGCUAUGCAAGUAACUGAUGUUGUAAUCCUGAUGUCUUUCUGAAUUUAGAUUACUAUGAUUAAGUUACACUAAACUUAUAUUACAUUAAUUUGUCUUGAUAGGCAUCUAUGAUUUUCUGAGUUUAUGUAUUCAUUUUUAUCUGUCAUGAGUGUUUCUUUUCCUUCAAAUGUCUUAAUUUAUUUGUUGAGUCUUGAUGUGAUUGAUGAUGAGUCACACAAAAUUAUGUAAAGCAAGCAAUCAAAGUGCAAUGGCUUUCUUUCAUAAGCCCCACUCUAUCAAAUGUCUUUGAGCAAUACAUUUGUAUUAAGAUGUUAUAAAAUAGGAUGUUAGGACAACUGUAUAGCACACUUUUCAAAUGUUAUUUUAUAUAUUUUUUUUCCAUUGGCUGAAUGUGAUUAUACAGUUUGUUAGUUAAUAAACCAAACUUUCUGUGGACAGAAAA